AUGGCCUCAGCGAAGGAUAUUACCGGCGCCUCUGCGCUUGGGAGACAGCUCGAAGUCUCUGCCAGCCUUGGUCUCUCUACUUCGCCCACCGCCACCUUCCACUCUCCUCCUUCUAGCUUUGGUGGCCCGGCCCUUACCAGAAGGCCAGCUCCCAAGCUGCUGAAGCCCUUCGACACUCAGGAUAUUAAGAUUCUCCUUCUUGAGAAUGUCAAUCAAACCGGCAGGGACAUCCUCACCGAGCAGGGAUAUCAAGUCGAGGCUCUCAAAACCUCAUUGCCAGAAGACCAGCUCAUCGAGAAGAUUCGGGACGUCCAUGUCAUUGGCAUCCGCUCCAAGACCAAACUGACCGAAAAGGUCCUCCGCGAGGCCAAGAACCUCCUUGUCAUCGGCUGCUUCUGCAUUGGUACCAAUCAGGUCGAUCUUGAGUAUGCUGCUACUCAUGGUAUCGCUGUUUUCAACUCUCCUUUCGCCAACUCGCGGAGUGUCGCGGAACUUGUCAUUGCCGAGAUUAUCACUCUGGCUCGUCAGCUAGGCGACCGCUCCAACGAGAUGCACCGCGGCACUUGGAACAAGGUUAGCGCCAAGUGCUGGGAGAUCCGUGGCAAGACGCUCGGUAUUGUGGGCUAUGGCCACAUUGGCUCUCAGCUGUCUGUCUUGGCCGAGGCUAUGGGCAUGAAUGUCGUUUAUUACGAUGUAGUAAACCUGAUGGCCAUGGGCACUGCAACACAGCUUCCGACUUUGGAUAACCUGCUUGAGGAGUCUGACUUCGUGACCCUACACGUGCCCGAGGUCCCGGAGACCAAGAAUAUGAUUUCGACUGCUCAAUUGGCGAAGAUGAAGACUGGUGCCUACCUAAUCAAUGCUAGCCGUGGUAGCGUUGUUGAUAUUCAGGCUCUAAUCAACGCCAUGCGCUCCGGCAAGAUUGCCGGUGCUGCUCUCGAUGUGUACCCCAACGAGCCGGCUGCCAACGGAGAUUACUUCAACAGCUCACUGAACUCUUGGGGCGAAGACCUACGCAACCUGAACAACAUAAUCCUGACACCGCACAUUGGUGGCAGCACUGAGGAAGCCCAGCGCGCUAUUGGAGUUGAAGUCGCCGAGGCGCUUGUGCGCUAUAUCAAUCAGGGUAUCACCUUAAACAGCGUGAACCUGCCCGAGGUUAACUUGAGAUCAUUGACUCUGGACGAGCCUGAUCAUGCUCGGGUGAUCUACAUUCACCGCAAUAUUCCUGGUGUCCUUCGCCGAGGUAAAACAGACUCAAAACCCUGUGCUUCAAACAAAAGCUAA